AUGCCAUAAUUUUUAUAAACUACAUAAAAUCUUGUCUUAAAAUUUCGUGAUGUUGCCAUAGAUCAACUAGACAUCUUCGGCCAACCUCCCAAUUUCAGAGUGCUAAACAGAUAAAAAUAUAACUCUAUGAUUGGAUUGAUAACGACCAUACUUAUUGGAGGUGUCACGUUUAUUUACUUGGCGAAUGAAUUAAUCACAAUGUUAGGCAAAGCUGAGCCGUCUGUGGUGUCCUCGGAAAUCCAAGUGUUUGAUACUUAAGUAAAGUAGAGUCAUUUAAAUUAGACAUUUCCUUUGUUAAACGAUAACUUUACCUUAGCCAUUUCAGCCACCAAUAGUGCAGGAAAUCAGCUCAAUGGCCAGGGAAAGUAUUAUAAUAUUUCAAUUUUCCAUUGCAUAAGGAGCAGAACCAAAAAUGAGACAACAGGAUUGAUUGCGGUCAGUGUGGAAUGUUCUCUUCUCCCAACAGAAACCUGUAAUAUGUCCCAUUUUGUCACUGAAUAAUAGAAUGAUUAUUUUAGUCGAAUGAGAUUAGGUGCCAUGCAAUGUAUUAAUCGAGAGUAUCUUAAAAUAAAUCCACCACCAUUGCAAGGACAAUUGAAUGCUAUGGUCUAUCAAUAUUUGAAAAUACAACUGACGGUUUGCCAUAACUCAACCGAAUAUUAGAAAUGCGCAUCCCCAGAAGAAAUCAAAUCCAUCUUAAUGUCAGGACAUUAUGUAGUUUAUACGAGUGAUUACCUAACGCAACUCAAUAAUCCCAGCGAACCCUACAAACAAAUUAUCAAUAGUGAGUUUUCAGGCUACUCUGUAUCCACAUCUAAAAUGAUUAAACAAUAUUACAGAAUCAUCUAGACUACCAGCGAUGACGGCUGGUUGUUAUAGAACAUACAUGUUAAAGAAAAUCUCAAACAGCAGGAAUGGAGAGAAACCACAGAGUUGUACAAUGGUGAAUAUAUUGUGGAACACUACAUUGCUCUGGAUUAUCGUCAAACCAAUUAUAAUAGAAACUACGUUAAAAUCCAAACUGUGUUAAGUAGACUAGGAGGCAUUUGGCAGAUCUUUAUAAUCAUUGUGGCCUCCAUCAUAAAACCUAUUAUUAACACACUCAUGAAUUUGGACAUAGCUAACAGGGUUUUUCGGUUUUAAUUAAUGGAAGAUGAGAAGGAUCUCAAAACUAAGAACAAUAGUCAAAUGACUGAAACCAAAACGAAUGAAGAAAAAAUCACAAUUUAUAAUUGGAAAUGCCAAAAUCAUAAACUAUCAAGUGAUAUCACUUCAAAAAUGUUAAUUCUCUUUGGCUGUCGGAAUUAAAAAAAAUUAUUAUUCAAUCAUGCCAAAGACCAAAUUAUGCAGAGCUUAGACAUCAUUAACAUGAUUAAAAAAUUGUAGGAAAUUGAUCUCAUUAAAUAGAUCAUCUUUACUAAGGAACAGCAACUCCUGUUCAAUAUCAUACCUAAUCCUCUUAUUCAGUUGAAUAAUGAGUAGGAAAAUAAUAAUUUAAAAAUUAAUAAUAUUGAUUUUAUUAAGCACAUCAAUCAAAUAUCCCAACACAAUAAUAAAUACUACACCUACUUGGAAUCGUAUCACAAAAUGAUCAACACCAAAGAUAAGAAUCCUUUUGAUGAUAGAAUUAUUCAAUUGUUGGAUAAACAAACUCUAACUUUCUUUGACAAAUAAAUCGGGUAAUUGAAUGUUUCGCAAAUUUCCAAAUCCCCAGCCUAUCUAGAAAGCAAAGACGAGGAUAUCAACGAACCAAUACCAUUAUUACCGAAAUGA